AAAAGAUUUCAAAAGGCCCAUUCCAACUCGCACAAAAAUAUUCGCCUCCAUCAAUAUAGUAUAUCUACACUUUUUGUUCUUGUUGCCUCUGCUUCCAGAGUUGUAUAUAAACAGAAGAAUUACGGAGUAUAAAAUUGUGUGGAUGUAUGCGGGCAGGUAUGGCGGUUUCAUUGUCUCUUUCGUCAUCGGCGGAAGCUAUUUCUAGCCCCAAUUUCAAUCUGAGGUGUUCAGAGACGUCGUCUUCGUCAUUGAAACCGAUCAGAGCUGUUAAUCUUUGCGAUAAUGCUUGUCCGAAGUUAAGCUUGAGUGUUGCCUGCACAACUGCCCCGUCGUUUCGGUCCAGAGUUUCUGCACUGUCUCGCGAAGGCCUGUCCGGCGGUGGUGGAACAGGCGGGGAAGAGCAGGCAGAUGAUAUUUUUCCCCAACACGACACAAAUGGAAUUGGGUUACUUUCUGAAGGGGCGCUUUCUUUUUCGCUGGGUUAUAUUGAUGGGAAACAAACAAGCCAUGAACAUAAUAUAAAUGAAAUACCGAAAAGGAUGAUGCCCCUUGGAGUCUCACUUGGAAGCACAACGGGGGGAGGAGGUACAAGAGCUGGGCUUUUCAGGGCCCCAAUAUCAGGCGGCGUACAAAGUGCUACCUCAGCUCAUGGUCUGCACAGACCUGCUUUAGCAGUCCGCAAUCUAAUGGAGCAGGCCAGGUUUGCUCAUUUAUGCACCUUAAUGUCUCGAAUGCAUCAUAGACGAGAAGGUUAUCCAUUUGGUUCACUUGUUGAUUUUGUUGCCGAUCCUAUGGGGCAUCCGAUACUUUUAUUGUCACCGCUAGCUAUACACACCCGAAACUUGUUAGGUGACCCAAGGUGUACACUAGUUGUCCAGGUUCCUGGAUGGACUGGCUUGUCAAAUGCUAGAGUAACUAUGUUUGGUGACAUCUACCCUCUUUCAGAAGAUCAACAGGAGUGGGCUCAUAAGCAAUUCAUAAUGAAGCAUCAACAAGGCCCUUCUCAACAGUGGGCAAACUUUUGUUACUUUAGGAUGAACAAUAUAAGUGAUAUAUACUUCAUAGGAGGGUUUGGAACGGUUGCUUGGGUUGAUGCCAAGGAAUAUGAGACCCUAGAGCCUGACAAGAUUGUUGUUCAAGGUACUGAAAAAUACCUACAGGAACUAAAUGCGGUGUUUUCAAAGCCCCUAAUAGAGCUAUUGUCCCAAGAAGCUGAGGUGGAUGAUGUGGCUCUCAUAUCAAUAGAUAGUAAGGGCACUGAUAUCCGUGUCCGUCAAGGGGCUCAGUUCAACAUUCAGAGGAUGUCAUUCGAAGCAGAACAUUCAAUUGAAACGCUUGAGGAAGCCAAAGAAGCGCUCUGGAAAUUGAUUGAUACAGGCAAACUCUACCAUUUGCAGAAGUGAACAUCUGCCCGAAGUUUUGUGGCAUUUAACACUUAUAUAUGGGAAGAUGACGCUUUUAACCCCUGAUCAAGUGAACUUAUAUUUAAUAGAGUAGUGACGCUACUUCUGCUCUGGGUUUGGUGCCAGGCUCCAACAGGCAAUAACAGAGUUGUCAUAAUACAAUGGAAAAAGGCUGAAACACGCUAACCAUUUCCAGGACUCAAUUGUAAUUUUAGCAACAUAAUCUUAUUUUUCACACUAGAGUAUACUUUACACUUCAUGGUAAGGAGAUUGAAUACAAUAAGUCAAUAAUCUUAUGAUUUUAUCUUGUGAUUCAAUAAAAUCAUCUGCAAGUAUGCAA